GUUUUUUGAUUUUUCUACGCGUUAAGUUUAUAUCAGACAUAAAAUAGUAAGUAACGUUUCAAAUGAUUUUUUGCAAGGAAAUGCGGUAUUAAAGUUUAGGGACUUAAGAUGAAAUCAAACAUGAGCGUUGUCUUAGUUGCAGUGUAUUUUUUCGGUGGUAUUAUUUCACUGAGUGCUAUCAUUAGUAAAGAUGAUCAUUACUGUUGUGCUGACAUGGGUUAUAAUCUCGAUGGUCGGCCCCAAUCAUUAAAAAAAUUGUACAACAAUUUAAACGAAAAUAAUUUUGAUACAUUUAUGACGCAGGAACAAUUUAAGGACGAUACAUUUAGAAAAUCGUAUUACGACGUUAUGUUGUCAGCGGCUGAAGAGGCAAGAGCGCUUAUUAAAAACGGUCAAGUUAAAACUGGAAUUAAGGUAUUAAAGAGUGUAUUAAUAAAACAUAUUCUCCAUAACGAACAAAUCGAUAGUGGAUUGCCGUUAGAAAUGUUUUUUGAGUCUUGUUCACAAAACGCUGUAAACAAACUAGUAGAAAUCGCCGACCUGUUCGCAACAGACGUGCUAAAUGAAGAAGUAAAAGUAGAAGAAUAAAUUCAAAGUUUAUUAUUAAAUAAAAACAAAAAAAAAAUGUUGAUUUGAUAAUUAUAAUAAUUUUGCUUCGUUUGUUUGUUUGUAUUGAUAAUAUUUAUUUUACAAAUAAACCAUAUCAUACUUUGAA